AUGCACUGUGAAGGGUGUGCUUCACAAGUUUCCCAUUGCUUGAAGGGAUAUGAUGGGGUUGCGCAAGUCAAAACAGAGAUUGUAAAUAGUAAAGUAACUGUAUCUGGGAAUUUUGAUGAUCCGGUGAAGAUAUUACAAAGAGUGCAGAAGAAAUUUAGUAAAAAUGCUGAGUUAAUUUCCCCAAAACCUAACCCUAAACAAGAACAGAAGAAGGAGCUACAACAAAAUAAAGAAAGUGCUCCGCAGAUCAAAACUAUAACUUUAAAAAUGAACAUGCACUGCGAAGGAUGUGUUCAUGAAAUCAAAAGAGGCAUUGAGAAAAUUAAAGGUAUCCAAACGGCAGAACCAGACCGGUCAAAGUCAACGGUGGUGGUACGAGGAGUCAUGGAUGAUCCUCCAAAACUCGUGGAGAAAAUUAAGAAAAAACUUGGGAAACAUGCAGAGCUUUUAAGUCAAACCACAGAGAAAGGCAAAGAUAAUAAAGACAAAGAUAAUGAUAACAAGAAGAAGAAUAACAAGAACGGAGACGGUGAUGGAAUCAAGAUCUUUAGUUAUCCUCCUCAAUAUUCAACUCAACAUAAUUACCCUUCUCAGAUAUUUAGUGACGAAAACGUACAUUCGUGUUCGAUCAUGUGA